GCGCCCAGAGAAAAGAGAUGAGAAUGGAACGAGGGGAGGACGCGCCGGCAGCGCAGAAGGCGACUUCGUACGCGUGGGAUUGCUCGCAGCAGCCGCUUCCCCCCAGCAGCCGAGGCAAAUGGGUUCGGCUGAAUGUCGGGGGCACCGUUUUCUUAACCACCAAGCAGACCUUGUGCCGCGAGCAGAAAUCCUUCCUCUGCCGCCUAUGCCAGGGAGAGGAGCUGCAGUCGGAUCGGGACGAGACUGGUGCAUAUCUCAUAGAUCGAGAUCCAACUUAUUUUGGACCUAUUCUGAAUUUCCUCCGGCAUGGGAAACUGGUACUGGAUAAAGAUAUGGCUGAGGAAGGAGUUCUGGAAGAAGCAGAAUUCUACAACAUUGGCUCUCUAAUCAGAUUAAUAAAAGACAGACUGGAGGAAAAGGAUUACACCAUAGCCCAGGUGCCACCAAAGCAUGUCUACAGAGUACUGCAAUGUCAGGAGGAAGAGCUCACACAAAUGGUUUCUACAAUGUCAGAUGGGUGGCGCUUUGAACAGUUGGUGAAUAUUGGGUCAUCCUAUAACUAUGGGAAUGAGGAUCAAUCAGAAUUCCUGUGUGUUGUCUCAAAGGAACUGUGCAGCUCACCCAGUGGCCUCUGUUCUGAGUCCUGCAGGAAACUCAAGGUGCCGCCUGCUGCAACACAGAAUCCCGAGGAAGACCCAGAAAAAGAACAGCAGAAUGAGGAGGAGCUGCAGCUGCAAGAAGUUGAAGAGCAGGAGGAAGCACCAGUAAAAGCCGAUGGUGGGGGAGCUUCAAAAGAGGGUGCAUGGAAUGCCUGUGUGGGUAUCAAGCAAUAUACAGAAGCUUAAGGCUGGUGAGAGGCGGGGGAAAACUGUGCACUUGGCAGCUGUUGCACUUUGGUCUAAACUGUUUGGUUUUUUUAAUACUACAUUUGUAGCAAGCUCCAUCAACCAAGAUUCCACUGAUUCUUUUUGUUCUUGUGACCUUUUAGAGGCCUUUUACUUUGUGCUCUUUCCAUUUUGCACUCCUUCCCCUUUUCUUGUUAAUUUCCUUUUCUUGUGAUCCCUCUUCCGAUAUUGUCUUUUCCUCCAUGAGCCAAGAAUCCUGCAUUGUAGACUAGUUUAAACUUCCCUUUGGGCCUCUCUUUCCCAUUCUGUUUUGAUAAAGACAACACAUCAUCUGCACCUUCACACCUUUUAUCUGUGACUCACCUUUUAUCCAAUUUUUCUUGGAUUUUUUUUUUUUUUUUUUGCUGAGGUGUAGGUAUCUGGACUGAGACCAUUUUGAAUUUGUCUUCCAGAAUAAGCUUCAUGAUUCUGAGAAAUGGAGUAUCACAAUAGAAGAUUAAAGGCAGGAGAAGAGGGGCUGUUAAAUGACUUCUGAACAUACAAAGCAGCCUUUAAAAAAAUGAAAUGGAAAAUGACUUUUCUGACGGCUGUAUCUUUUCUUAUGGGUAGUACUUUUCCAGGGUCUCAUACGAAAGUCUUUUCUACCUCUGUUCUUUGAGAUAUCAUUAAUUGGAGAAGCCAGAGUUUGGUUCUUCUGCAUAGCAAUUGGGUACUACGCUUUUGGCAGCCACGCAUCCUCUAAUUACGUUUCUAUUGUUACCUUAUAUUAUUAUCUAAAAGAAAAACCAAAGUUUUGUAUUGCAAAAAAAAAAAAAAUCAGACUGUCUUUGCUGAGGGUAAAUUUUGCAAUCUGCAUUUUCUUACUAUCUUCGUUACUCAGCUGUUUCAAGGCACUUCCUGUUUCUUGCCAAUCAUCCUUUUACCUGGAAACCAGAAUGUUCUGUAAUGUGAUAUCUCCUUCCUGGGCAUGGAAGGGUUUUGAUAUUGCUUCUGCUGAGAAGAUUUUCUCCUUUCCUGCUUGAGUCCUGUCUGCUUCAGAGAGUACAUUGCCUGUCAGCUCUAUUAUGCACUCCCUCUACUUUGACUAUUUUUCAGCUCCAGGUUUUUGUUUUUUAUUUGGCCUUUUCCUUAGCUUUUCUCUUUGUUCCUAUAAAUUCAACAGACCUUCUGCCAUGGCCAUCAGUCGCAGUUUAUUUGUAGAAGUAUCUUCCCCAAUGGCUGGGGUCAAACGAGGGCUAGCCUCCAAUAGCAUAUCAGUGCAUUGUCUUGUUUCCUCUUCCAAGAUGUCUCCUGAGUCAGUGACCACAAACUAUGUAGCCCCUACUUGGUUGAAGUCGCAGUAACCACAUGCCAUGGGGCAAAAGAGCGAGAUACUGCACUUUUGGAUUUCCUAGCUGGAUCCAAACAUGGAAAUGGGCAGAAGGUAUAGCGCCUCUUCUCGUCCCCUUCUAGAUCUUAACAAGGGGAAAAGCCAGACAAACAAAUGAAAAAGGGGUGGCCAGUUCCCACCCCACACUAUAUACACUGUACUCAGGUGUUUCCCUUCAGGGCUGGAUAGAUGGGGAAAGGGUGAGUUGUCUCUGGAUGAGGAAGAACAACAGCCAUUCCCCAAAUCCGCCAGGUGCUUCCAAAAAUAAUAAUAAUCAGAUUUUCCUGAGUAUUUCAGGAAAGGCUAUAAAUCACUUGAGCCCAGGAAGCCAGAAUCUGUCACUCCCUCAUAUUCCAAGACAUGUUUUUGAAGUAGAAAAGGAUUGUGAGGGAUGGCUCCUGCUCCCGCCUCAUCUUGAAACCUCAUAUUUCCCCUUAGACUAGAAUGUCUCAUACUCUACAUGUCCCUGUGGCAGAAAUUGCUUUUCAUUUCACAAAGAUGUCAAAGAUGCACCCACAAAUCCCUGAAGACAGGAAAACUGAGAUCCCCCAAUAUAAAGCAAAUAUGAUCCCAACUAUAAGAACCACCCUCUUUGUGAGGGGAAAGAUAGAAUUUGCUUCUUCCCCUCUUAGGAUAUUUUUGGGUACAAUCAACUCAUAAGGCAACAGUAUACAAUACAACAAAUAUGUAAAUUUAUUGAAUAAAAGCUUGGAUAUAGCUGUUCAUUUAGUAUAUUUCUCAAUUCUAACCCAGCUAAAUAGAGGUACAGAUUGCUGAUCAAUCCAAUUUCCCCAAAUAACGUAAGCAGAGAUGUCAUCUAAAUAAAUUGUCAGUUACUAAAAGUUGUUUUGAAGGUCCUUGACUGGAUUUCCUAGAGUGGAAAAGACAGUGGGAGAAGUAGAAGGCAAAAGUAUCAAACAAAAUAUAAUAAACAAGCUCUUAAUCUCUACCUGCACUCUUUGCAUUAACUCUUCACUCAGAGUUCUUCUUCAUCUCCUCUUUCAUGGUAUUUAUAGUAUUAAACCUUGAUUAGCUACUUUUCAUCAAUCCUAUUAUAAAUAUUGUUACAAUUUCCAAAUUGUAGAAAAAUAUUUGAGCAGUUCUUAAUUGUGGAGGAUAUUCUUUUUAUUUUUUAUCCUGCCUUUCAUUAUUAUUAUAAAUAACUCAAAGCAGCAAUAUAUCUAAUACUCCUGCCUCAUAGUAUUUUCCCAACAAUAAUCUUGUGAGUUAGUCUGAGAGAGAAUGACUGGCCCAAAUCAUCCAGUCAGCUUUUAUGUCUAAGGUAGAACUAGAUCUUACAGUUUCCUGGUUUCUAUCCUGGGUGCCUUCGCCACUAGACCAAACUGGCUCUCUAGUACUUUACAAGUGGAAUUUCUUGAUACUUUUAACCUUUUCAUCAUUCUUUGAUAUUCAUUGCUUUAGUGUACUCAGUCAUGCUAUUGAAUUUCCAUGCACCUAGAUUUUGGAUGGACUGUAUAUAUUUAUUAAACUAAAUAUUUAUCAUAUAGUUUAUUAAGCUUAUUAUCCAUUAUGAUUAUUAGAAGAAGUUGUUUGCUGGUCAUACAUUCUACAAAAUGUAUGCAUUCAACUGAAAUAUCAAUUGUCAAUGAAUCAGCUAGCUCAAAUCACUUUUCCAGUAUACUUUUGCUCAGUCAUGGCCAAGGCUUCUACUCUAUGAUUCACACAGAAAACUGGAUCCAAAUUAUCUCAAGAAAUCCAUCUGGGAAAAGAAGAACACAAGUUAUAAACAACUAGCUAAGACUUCUGCUGCUUUCAUGGUAGAUUCUUAGCCAGAGGUAAGUCAGUUAGUGUUGCCUCAAGGAAGUAAUAGUGGCUGACAAAUAGGAAGGUAACCCUAAAUUCAAAUUGGGCCUAACAUUGGGUGUGUAUAUAUGGUAACUUUGGUCAAUCAGAGAUAAGGACACACCCAAGCAAACACACCCUACCGUUUGUCUUGGGAUGAUUUCUCAGAACCAUAAAGCCACAUUGUCCAUACUCACCAGGUGGAUCAAACUCGCAUCAAACAUCCCCAUGAGACCUAGAACAAGGUUGCCCUAUAGGAAGCUCUAGUCCACUCACCCAAAAGAAUGGCCCUUUUGGCUUCCCUUAAUGUUAGUGCCCCUUUGGGAGACAUCUGUGGGGUUUCCACGUAGGUCUCUGGGUCUUUCUUUGUAAAACAGUGUGAACCUUACUCGCACCUCUUGGUCAAAAGCAUUUUAAAAAUUACAGUAGAUAAUUGAUAAAAAGAACUACUAGAUUCCAUCUUCAGAGACAGCCAUGGUACAUUUCACUGUAGGAAAAAUGUAUAAUGAACUUACUGUGACAGAUUUUUUUUCUACAGUGGGGACAGAACAUUCAACCCAUCCUGAUACAUUAAAAAAGAGAAAAUAUUUUCCUGCAAAGAUCUGUAGUCUAAUGUUUAAACUGUUCAUGCACUUCUUAGGGAUUCUUUUCUUCUUUUGUGAUCUGGAAUAUCAGUCCAAAACUGGGAAGGAGGUAUACUCUCACAGAAAGCAAUGUCAGAUAUUUUAUAGCUUUUCCUAUGGAAGGAACAGGAAGGGAAAAUGCCCUUUAGAAGGCCAUGUCUUUGCUGUAAAAAAAAAGGACCUUCAUUGUAUAUCUAAUUUCCUGUUCCUAUUCUCCCAUCUAAUAACCUUGAAGAGUUGGAGAAAAGAAAAUUUAACUAUAAAGUUAAAUUUGAUAUUCCCAAGAAAACCAGGUUUUGGAUUAGAUUACCAGCAGCUAUCCAGUACUGAUUUAUGCACUCUUUAAAACCAUUGAUUUUAUUUGUAAUCAGAAUAGAGAAUAUGGUCAUCUGCCUUACCAUUCAAGGUGUUCUAACACUGUCGGGCUCAUUCUAUAGCAAGUAUACUGUAUAGAGGUACUGACAUUUACCAUCUUCUCGGUAUAUAAAUACUUUGCUGUUGAGCAAUGUUGGCGUUUUCCAAGGAUUGUGGGCUUGACACGUAGAUGAGUUUUGUCUUUUGUUGUAAAGGAAGGAUGAAGGCAUCCCUAAGGCUCAACUCACAAAGCUCUUCUUUCUGUGAUCUGCAAUGGGAGGUUCUAGCAGAAAAGAUUUCUUAACCUUUUGUCUCUGCAGGAAUGUCUUGGCUCUCUGGUAGAGAGCCAAGAGCCAUGUCUUGGCUCUCAGGUAGUCUUUGAGACCACUGGUGCUCUGCAUUCACCUGAUUCCACCCCCCCCCCCCCCCCCAAGCUGCUUUUCUAGCUACUCCUUUUAGCUUUGUUCUUGCAUCCUGUUUAUUUGUUUUGUCCUCAUUUCUGUUUCCUGCCCUUGUUCCUCCUUGCUGUUUUUUUAAAACUGUUACAAACCAGAUGUCUCAGGAUAUGAUGCUAAUGAUGAUCAAUGUCUCUCUCUUUUUAAAGUUAACUUUUAAAUCUUUAUUUUUGUACUGUUAUUUAAAAAAAACAAUGGGGUGGGGGUUGUUAGAAUAAGAUGAAAUAUUGUAUUUUCCGGUUUCUAAGCAGCACCCUUUAAUUGCUGUACGUUCUGCUAUUUGGCAAAAUACUGGAUUACUUUUCUUAACCCUUGUGUUAUUGUUGGGAGAUGUGGCAUACACUUUCAGGAACUAAUUUCUUCAUGGCCCCCAAAAUUGACAUUCCAUGCUGUCACAACCUCCCCUGCUGGGGAAAACAAAGUAAAACAGACAAAGACCUUCUAGCCAUGCAAGUUUCAGGCUUGCUCAGUGUGGGAAUAAACGAGGUUCUGGAAAGGACCUCAUGAGUUUUUAAACAAUGAAUGUGCUGCAUCUUGCUGCAAUGAAUGUCCUGCAAUUCCUGUUCCUGUUUGUGGACAACCAUCUCUAUUAAACGAGUUUUAACAUUUUGGCAUGCAGGAAUACCCUUGCAAUUUGAAAGAGAGGAAGCAUGACGAGAUGUAGUACCUCCAUCUUUUGCUCUUUGCAUUGCAUAUGGUGUUUUUCGAGAGUUCCAUUUUUAGCUGCAAAGGGCAGCAUAAGAAGUUGUGUAAGAAAAUACACCCCUUUUUGUAGAAAGAAACCAGCUGGAGUGUUUCUCCUUCAGUAGUUCUCUUGUAGAUGGAGAGCUUGGCUUAUGUUCAAAUAACAAUUCUUCUUCGGGAGCAGAUCCAAUAAUAAACCUUAUGCCUUUAGACUGAGGAGAAGAGUGUUGUCCUUCUUGAACAAGAUUUUAUUAUUCCUGAAAGUACAUCACUAAGCAGAUCACAUUGUCUUGGUGUGAACUGCACCAGAUUUUACUGAAACACAGCAGUGUCUGAGGAGAAAGUCAAGAGAGGCGUUGGGAGGGUGGGGCAGUGUCUGUGUGUGCAAUCUUUCAACACAAGCCCCAUCACUUUUGUACACAUGUUGUGACAUCGUAAGAUGUACCAAAGGACUUUGCAGUGCAGUUUGACUUCUUUUUUCAUCUGAUGAAAACAAGCUACAGUGGAUGUUGCUGCUGAAACUUACCUCAUGAAGAUCUAAAGGCAAGCAAACUGCAACUUGACAAAUAUUUCAUUUUUCUUCCAAAUCUCCUGUUGCCAGAGCAAUUUUCCCAGUCACCGGUUUCCCAGGUCUGUUAUAAUUAAUUAGCUUUUCCAGAUUUGCCAUCUGCUAAGCAGAGCAAGGGAGUGGGUGGCAGGAACUCUAAGAGAACAACCUAGAGAAGAGGGGCUGGUGUUGUUGUCUUUAUAUGUGUACCAUUCCUUGGAAGGCCUGCUCAAAAGAAAGCAUGUCCACGCGGGCAGCUUUAGAGAUGUACAAAUGUCCUCUAGCGUGCAACUAGCCAGACCACUAGGGAGAAGAAAACAGAUUUGACUCAGCAAUAACAUUGGUUUUAUUUUUACCUGGCCGAUCAAUUUCACUUUUAUUUAUCUUGCAAUUGUCAUCUCUAUGGCUGUUUGGAUAUACCUUUUUAAAAAAAGGUCCUUAUAAAAUAGACAUCAGGAGCAAAAAUAUAUAGUGGGGAGAUGGAGCUAUGUGUUCGCUAAUCCUGCCCUUUCCAACCUAUUGUAUGAUUCUGUUAAAUUUCUAUGGGAUUGAGGAUAGUUAAAAAAUUCAGGUUCCCAGAUGUACAACUGCAAUUAUCCAAAUACUUUUCUCACAUAAAUGUUCUCCAAAUACUUACUCACAUUUUCUCCAUCCCAAAAGGUCUGAAGGCUGAAGGGAAGCACAUAAAUUCUUCCCUAUAGCCUUUCUUUCUUGUGAUAUUUGAGGAGAGUUAGUAACAAUACUGUAUUCUAAUGGAUGAGCAUCUGCCCUUUGAUAUACUUGAAUGCAUGUGUUUCUGCAUGCACACACAGCCACCUAUGUACAUGUUUCAUUUCAAUGCUCCAUGAAAUAUAGCCAUUUAUGUAAAUCAACGGGACAAAUAUUACUUCUAAUAGAAAGCCACGCAUUUACUUACAAAGAUAUCUGUUAAUUGAGAAAGCAAUUUUUAAAUUGUGUCCAAGGAUGCUGUGUAAAAACUCUUGAAUAAAUUUCACUAUCUCA